AUGUACAGGUACGCUCUAGGGUACGUGAACAAGAACAACUCUUGUCGUAGCCACAAAGUCUUGAGGUUUAUAGAUCAUUACAUCUCUUCGGCCGUGAACCACGCACCCGAAAACCGGUUUUCAUGGUAUGAAAUCUACGAUAUUGAAACCGAUUUAUGGACAACUCUUGAUGUCCCUCCAUAUUGGAUAGUAUCGUGUUAUCAGCGUGGUGUUUCUCUCAAGGGAAAUACCUACUUUUGUGCUACAAAAAGUAACGCAAUAAACAAAAUCGACGAUCACAUAAUCUGUUUUGAUUUCACAAGUGAGAGAUUUGGGCCACUUUUGCGUCUACCGUUUAGCGCUGGCCAUGAUGACUAUGUGACUUUAUCUUGUGUUAGAGAAGAGAAGCUUGCGGCUUUACUUACGCACAACGACUGGAAUCCAUAUGAGUUUGAGAUAUGGAUCACGACUAAGAUCGAGUAUGAUAAAGUGUCGUGGAGCAAGAUCUUGGAAAUGGAUACAGGACCAUUGGCUGACAUGCCGAUUGCAUAUAUACAUGGGAGUUUCUUCAUUGACGAGGAGAAGAAAGUCUCCAUGGUUUUUGAUCACCACAGAGUCAACAUCAUUGGAAAAACUGGAUAUUUUAGAGAAUUGGAUCUCCGAGUACAUGUAGCCGGCAUAAAGUGUAGGCCACAUUUGUGCCCUUACGUUCCAAAUUCAAUGCAAAUCAAACAACCUCCGGGAGGCAAAAGGAAACGAAAACCCAUUCUAGAACAGCGUCGAUAUGACCAAAACAUGUUGAGAGUUGCCGCCUUUAUAAAGCGAACCAAGCAGGAGGAUAAUAAAUGGAAAAAACGAGUCCUCGAGGGUCUGAAGAAGCAAACGAAUUUUAAAGCCUAA